AUGGGCUCGAUUGCUGCGGACUCUGUCGGCAUUGCCCAGCCUAGUGAUCCCACCGGGCCAACCGGACGCCUUGCGAAUUGGAUCGGCAAAGUCACCCUUGGGGAUGUACCCGUACACAUUCAGAAUCGAGCAAAGCAUAUCAUUCUUGAUGGCAUUGCCUGCCUGAUCGUUGGUGCACACCUCCCCGGGUCCGAAGUCGCCGCCAAAGCUAUUUUCGACAUGGAAGCACCAGGAAAAUGCACGGUGUUCGGCUGGGGUGGUCAAAAACUGAGUCCCCUCCAGGCAGCAUUGUUAAAUUCAACUUUCAUCCAAGGAUUCGAGCUUGACGAUUGGCACUCGGAAGCACCUCUUCACAGCAACAGUCUGGUGCUGCCAGCCCUUUUAGCCGCUGUCGAGCAUGACAUCUCUUCACAAGUUUCAACGAAAAAGGCACCUUCCGGGUCCGACUUACUCCUGGCGGCUAUUGUUGGAUUUGAAGUUGGCCCGCGUGUCGGACUUGGACUUUAUGGUGCACAUAUUCUUUCCAUGGGUUGGCACUCCGGAGCAGUUUUUGGACCGUCUGCUGCAGCUGCAUCUAGCGGCAAGCUACUUGGCUUGAGUCCCGGUCAGAUCGAAGACGCCUUGGGCAUUGCUUGUACACAAGCUGGAGGUCUCAUGUCAGCCCAGUUUGAGAGUGAUGUAAAACGUAUGCAGCAUGGAUUCGCCGCACGAAACGGCCUGUUCGGUACACUGCUCGCGAGGGGUAAUUAUAUUGGCAUUAAACGAGUCUACGAGCAAGACUAUGGCGGUUUCUUGGCCUGCUUCAGCAGGGGCAAUGGCAAAGAACCAACGCAUCUCCCAGAAGAGGUUGCAAAAGACUUGGGCACGACGUGGAAAACUGAAGGCAUUCGUUUAAAGGCAUACUCUGCAAUGGCAGGCACUCACUGUACGGUGGAUUGUGUGAGAGACUUGCAAGAGAAAUACCCUACCCGGAUGAAGGACUACAAGAAAAUCAAUAAAAUAACGAUCGAAAUGGGUCAAGCCAUGUACCAUCAUGGUGGAUGGGUCGCUGAACGUCCCUUGAAAGCCAUUGGUGCCCAAAUGAACAACGCCUAUGUUGCGGCGACACAGAUUAUCGACAAUGCUGUCACACCUGCUCAAUUUAGGCCAACAAAUCUUGACAGAGACGAGGUCUGGGAUUUGGUGGAAAAAACGACUUGUGUAGAGGAGAAUGAUCUCCAACAUAAAUUUGCCACAAGACUCACGAUAGCCUUCCAAGCAGAUGGCGACAGUCAGCCCUCGGAUACAGUCGAAUCUCACCUUUCUGGACCAAGAGGUAUCUUCCCCGAGCUAUCUAAUGAGGACAUUAUUCAGAAGUGGAGAACGCUUGUCUCAGGGCUGAUUGACGACUCGCGACGUCAAAAAAUCGAAGACCUGGUUUUGAAUCUGGAUAGUUGUGAGCAACUGACGGAUUUCAUUGAGCUGCUCACACCACCAACCAAAAAUCCAUUAGCUUAA